CUGUCGUCGGUUCCUUGUUUGUCGUUUUCGUGUGUUGAGAGUGAGUCGCGUGUUUGCAGCCAUGCCCGAGCCGGCCAAGUCCGCGCCCGCGCCCAAGAAGGGCUCAAAGAAGGCGGUCACCAAGACGCAGAAGAAGGGCGACAAGAAGCGCAAGAAGAGCCGCAAGGAGAGCUACUCCAUCUACGUGUACAAGGUGCUGAAGCAGGUGCACCCCGACACGGGCAUCUCCUCCAAGGCCAUGGGCAUCAUGAACUCCUUCGUCAACGACAUCUUCGAGCGCAUCGCCGGCGAGGCCUCGCGCCUGGCGCACUACAACAAGCGCUCCACCAUCACGUCGCGGGAGAUCCAGACGGCCGUGCGGCUGCUGCUGCCUGGCGAGCUGGCCAAGCACGCCGUCUCCGAGGGCACCAAGGCUGUCACCAAGUACACCAGCUCCAAGUAAAUAGCUGCUAGAAAUACUGUAUAACCCAAAGGCUCUUUUAAGAGCCACCCACCUUUUCAAGAAAAGGGCUUUAAUUUCUACGUUUCUGUUGUAAUUUUACCUGUAGUGUUUGAUUUGCUUAGUGAUCAGUGUUCAAUCCCAACGAUUAAAGCAGUUCAGCAUUAACAGAAACUGCAUCCAGAUCCUAUUAGUGCUUUUUCACUUUUAUCUUGACUGCUUUUUCUGGCAAGGUUUACCCUACCUAUUGUGCGUAGGCUGCUUCAAUUACCAGCUCUUUGUAAGGCACCCCGGCUGUGCCAUCCACAUCCUGCUUGCUGUUAAAGUACGUUCUCCCCCCAGCUCAGGCUGUUUUCAGUCCUGGUCAGUCCCUUCUCCCUGUCUCAUACCAUGGGCAUGUUUCAAAGAUAUAUGCAUGCCAAUAUAGCUUUUUUUUGUUGUUCUAUAUUUCGUUGGUCUUUCCAAUCUGGGGAAAAAAGAUCUAUUAAAUAUAUGCCUUAAAUGAUUAAUAAAGCUGUUUGCUAGUAUUUA